CGAGGCGGAGGCUGAGCUCGGAGCUGAGGUUGGAGCUGGAGGUUGGAGCUUGAGGUUGGAGCUGCUUGUUGGAGCUGCUUGUUGGAGCUGUUGCGGCUCCUGCGUCGCUGAACCCGGAGCUGUCCACUCCGCCGCGGUGCUGAACUCUCCUCCCGGCCAACCGGCUCCUCAGCACGUCCACGUUAUUUUUGGAAAGGAUUAACAACAUCCCUCCGGCUUGCGUGUGUGAAGGCGCAAACUUCUCUCGUCCACGUCGGGGAAUUUACGGCGCACUGUCAAGCCGCGGAUGAGCCACGGAGCUGGACGGACCUAGAGAAUUUUUUGCCUUUCAUUCUACUUUGUUGAGAAGUAAUUGCUUCACAUCUCACUUCUACAACUCGUGUCUGGAUUAUUCUCCUGGAUGUUUUCCGUGUGGAUACACAGGAAAAGACCAUUGAAGAUGACCGAGUCGUGGUCAGUUGCAGUUUUACUGCUGGGGCUCGCUGUGUUUGGCACCAAUGGGAGACCCAACAAGGAGGAAUUCGGGUCACAGCCCUAUCGACCAGUCGUCAGAUUCCGACACAAGGAUGGGAUCCCUGAAACCCUGAGGAUAAAGGGGUACAUGGGGCACAGCGGUUCUCUGGGUCCGUGCGAACACAAGUACUGUGGUUUAGGACGCCAUUGUGUGGUCAACCACGAGACCGAGCAAGGGGAGUGCAAGUGUUUGGAUCACUGUAAACCGCACUACAAACCCGUGUGUGGUUCUGACGGGAAGCUGUACCAGAACCACUGCGAGCUCCACCGGGCCUCUUGUCUCAGAGGACACAGGAUUACCAUCAUGCACAGUGAAGAGUGCUUCUACAAAGACGACGACUGCAGAUUGAGCGAUUACCGUCGGCUUAAGUCUAAGAUUCUGGAUUUGCACGCCAAACGAUACAUGGGCUCUCCUGUCCACGGGGCUCACAAGGACAGCAUGACUGCCAAGAAGCAACUGGUUGAUAUGAUGUUCAAACGCUUCGACGCAGAUAACAACGGUGAAAUAGAGGCCAGCGAGCUCUCACAGGUCAUCAAGCAUGAAGGACUUUCCAAGGAUUUCUCUGAGUGCACUUUGUUUGACCUGCUGAAGUACAACGAUGUCAACGACAACGAGCGUCUGGAAAAAGAAGAGUUUUACACCGCCUUCGAUGUGUUCAUGCUUAGCCUCCCAGAUGACCAGAAAGUCAGCGUCACAACAGUAACAGUCGGCCAGAGCGCCGUGCUGACUUGUGCCAUCACCGGGGAGCGGAGGCCUCCCAUUAUGUGGAAGAGAAACCACCAAUAUCUAAACUCCCUCAACUUGGAAGAUAUAAGCGACUUUGGGGAUGACGGCUCAUUGUACGUCACCAAGGUGACCACCACCCACAUGGGCAACUACACCUGUCAUGCUGAUGGAUACGAGAAGCUGUUUCAGACCCACAUUCUCCAAGUGAACGUUCCUCCGGUCAUCCGAGUUUAUCCGGAGAGCCAAGCCAGGGAGCCGGGCGUCACUGCCAGCCUGCGCUGCCACGCCGAGGGGAUCCCCAGUCCACAGCUCUCCUGGCUCAAGAACGGCAUGGACAUUAAAUCCAAACUGUCCAAACAGCUCACCCUGCAAGCUAAUGGUAGUGAAGUGCACAUCAGCAACGUGCACUUUGAAGACACCGGCGCCUACACUUGCAUCGCCAAGAACGAAGCUGGUGUGGAUGAGGACAUCUCUUCGCUUUUUGUGGAAGACUCUGCACGCAAAACCUUGGCAAACAUUUUGUGGCGAGAAGAAGGUCUUGGCAUCGGAAACAUGUUCUACGUGUUCUACGAUGACGGGAUUAAAGUCAUUCAGCCGGUGGCAUGUGAGAUACAGCGACACAUCAAGCCCAGUGAGAAGCUUCUGGGUCUGCAGGAAGAAGUCUGCCCCAUGUCACCGGGAGAAACAGUGCAGAGGUGUGUGUGGUCAUCAGCAGUCAACAUCAAGGACAAGUUUAUUUAUGUGACACAGCCAACCUUGGAUCGAGUGCUCAUAGUUGACAUCCAGUCUCAGAAGGCUGUCCAGACUGUCAGCACUGAUCCCUAUCCAGUGAAGCUCCAUUAUGACAAAUCACAUGACCAGGUGUGGCUGCUCAGCUGGGGAGACAUGGAGAAGAACUUCCCCACCCUGCAGGUGAUCAAUCAGGCCAGCGGAAGAGUCUCCCACCACACAGUUCACACGCAACCGGUCGGCAGGCGCUUCGACAGGGUGGACGACUUCUUCAUCCCCGCCUCCAGCCUCAUCAUUAACCACAUCAGAUAUGGUCUCAUUCUUCAUAGAAACGAGCCUGUUCUCCACAAGAUCAACCUGGAGACAACGUCUUAUGUUAAAAACAUCAGCUUAUGGGAGUACAACUGCAUCCCCACGUCCGUAGCCUACACCCAUCUCGGCGGCUACUACUUUGUCAACUGCAGGCCGGACUCUACAGGCGCCACACAGCCCCAGCUCAUCUUAGACAGUGUGACGGACAGCGUGAUUGGCCAAAAUCGAGAUGUUACCGGCACUCCCUACGUGUCUCCAGACGGCCAUUACUUGGUCACGGUGGAUGAUGGCGACGGCUUGAUGAGGAUCCAGACCAUUUCUGAACGAGGUACAAUCCAGGAGCCCUUUGACAUCCACACCAACUUGCACCUGUCUGACGUUUCCUUCCAGCGCUCCUUCACAGAGGUCCACCAGUUCAACCUGUUCGGUAGCUCCGGCCGUCAAACCGACGCUCUGUUUGUGGAGCUGAGCACCGGCAAAGUCAAGAUGAUCAAAAGCUUGAAGGAAGCCGUCAAGCCGUUUGAAUGGCCGUGGAGCAGCAAAAACAGGGUCAUGGUGAGCAGCGGACUCUUCGGCCAGUAUCUGGUGACGCCGUCGAGAGAAUCCCUCUUCAUAUUAGAUGGACGCCUCAACAAGCUCAACUGUGAAAUCACUGAUGUCCUCAAAGGCAACGCGGCGGUUUGGGUCGGGGAUUCUUAGGUCUUGAUGUCAAGAUGCAGUGACCUUUGUUUUCCUUUAAGAAAGGUACCGUUGCACUGAGUUCUGUUGGUGUUUAAUUUUGUGAGAGCGUGAUAGUGAAAACCACAAUUCAGAAACCAAAUUAAUAUGGAAGUCCACUGGAUGAGACUGUCAUCCAAAAGACGAAAAAAAAGGGAUGAUAAUUUACAUUGAAGGUCCUAAAACAUUAACAUGUUGUUUUUUUUACCCCAUCUGGUUGCUUGCCUCUGUAUUGAAAGAGUUGCUUGCUAGUAACAAUUUCAGGAAAACUGGUACGACUCUAUACAUGUGUACAUUAUUAUUCAGCUGUAUUUAGUGAGUGGGAAUGCUGUAGAUAAUAACGUGACAUAACAAAUUGAAGUGAAUCGGCAGAAACACUUACACACAAAUAUCAUACACUGUAUGUAUUGUAUAUGUCCAAAUUGAUUCUUGCAAUUUAAGUUCACCCGUCCCCAAAUUUUUCCUGUGCCUUCAAGGAAAACUCCACUUCAUUAGGGGAAUUAGUGUAAUUAUUCCCGGUGUGGCUGCAGACUACUCCUCUUUCUUUGACCCCUUCAUUCAUGGUGAGUGUGGUUCCUCACGAAUCUGCCGCUCGUCUGUCCGUCCGUCCAUUGCAGCCAACUAAGUCUAAUUAAAACGGGCCCUUGCUGUGAUCCCAUUUUGUUUGAAGUGGAGACUGAGUGGUUCAUUAUCGUGUGCGCUCUGUAACCUCUGAUCCAAAAUUAUAACCAGCUUUGGAAGGUUUUGAAUGCUGUAGUUUACUUUUUCUCCUUUAUAGUCGAAAGCAGAAAAAACGAAAGUCAGUGGUGAUGUUAGUUAAACCGUAUAAGCUUUAUACACUUUGUGAAAUUUGAGGUUAUUUCAACAUGUUCUUUGGCAAAGAGUCAAUAAAGCACUUGCGCGUGAAGAAAGCUGUCACAACUUCAGUAUCCCUGGAAGAAAACAAAGAUUACAAGAUUCCAGUUUUAUGUGGUAAACAUGCUUUGUCUGCUCUUUUUGGCGCUGUGUUACAAGUGGAUGUUUUAAUUGUACAAGUGGUGAUGAGCUAGCACACUGGGGGGGUGGGUGUAGUUGUGCUGUUUUGUGUAGAGGGUCUUUGAGGAUAAGCUUUGAAUGUGACAAACAUCCCUUUCCAAAUGCUCCUGCAGUAGAUUGGUAGCUGAUGAUACACUGAAACCGUCUCCUGCUGGACACAUUUCUAUGCAUUUUCACCCUCACUUUGACUCUGAAUCACAAUGGGCGACUCUAUCUCAAAUUUUAAUGUGAACAGAUUAUACAAAGUCACUCCGUCUUUGUUGUUUGAACUUUGCUCAUACAUUUUGAUUUCAGUUGAGUUUUUGCCUGUCAGUUAACCUGACCGUACUGCUGAUGAACUCUGUCCUGUACAUAGCUGCUCACUGUGUCCAUUAGUUUCUUAUUGUACAGAUUCAUGCAGACUGUUCAUUUUCUGAGCAAAUAUUCAGCACACUCCUUUUUAUUAAUGAAAACAAACUACAGAGCUGUCAUCCUCAUCCUGUACUUGAGCACAUUGUGAUCACAAACACAUAUUUCACCUCCAUAUAGCCAUGUCAUGUAUGUUUCCUCAUGUGAUUGUUAUUUAUAUAGAGAAAACACGCUUGUCAUUUUACCCAAUAAUAAUAAAAAAAGUAUAUAAUGAAACA